UAGUUGGCAGCACGGAAGGUGAUUUCUAAAAAUCGAAGUCGAGUCGGGUUUCAAUAUCAGCAACAUGUCGGAGCGAAAGAGUCCGCUAAAGGUAAUCCCGGCCGUUUCGGAGGACCAACUAGUGCAGGUGUUGGCCGAUCUUUUGAAGCGCUGCUCCCAGGAGGCGUUGGACAGACAGGGAAAGUUCAGCGUGGGACUUUCAGGAGGAUCCCUCAUCCAGCUGCUGACGAAAGCCCUUAAGCUUGGAAGUUUUAACACCGACAAAUGGGUUUUUUUCUUCUGCGACGAGCGGUAUGUGCCCCUGGACGAUGGUGAAUCCACCUACGGUGCCUACAAGGCCGAGUGGCAGACCCAUUUGCCGGGCAUCCGCGAAACGCAGUUCGUCCGUGCCGAUCCCACCAAGUCGCUUGACGACUGCGCCGCGGAGUACGAGGCAAAGGUCAAGGAUCAAGUGGGCUGCGGCUGCCUGCCGCAGUUCGACCUCCUACUCCUCGGAAUGGGACCUGAUGGGCACACCUGCUCCCUGUUCCCCGAGCAACCAGCCACGCUCCAGGAAACGAAGCGCCUGGUCAUCCCCAUCCGGAACUCGCCUAAGCCGCCGCCCGAACGGAUAACCUUCACCCUGCCGCUGAUCAAUAACGCCCGGGAUGUAACAUUUGUGGUUACAGGCGCUGGAAAAGCCAGUGUCGUGAAGCGCGUGUUUGUCGAUUUGGACAAAGAAUUUCCUGCUGCCUGGGUGAAUCCGAAACAAGGACAAUUGACAUUGAUUGUGGACGGAGGAGCUGGAAAAGAAAUUGGUGCCUUAUAAUGACAUUUCUUAGAAUAAUGAUGAAUCUUGUAAAUAAUCAUAUUUUUGAUACAA